AUGCUGAAUCCCAAAGAUAGUCGCAUCCUCCACAUUUCCUCCGAAAUGCACAAAAUGUGUGGUGGCCUGUUCUUUGGCAGCAAGUCCAUUGUGGACAAGUAUUGUCCUCCCAACCCCAAGAAAGGAAGUGCUUCCGCCGAUUACGCCCUGAGCAAGGCUUGUCAAAUACUCAUGGCGACACAACUCAACCAUGCUCGCAAGAUUCGCGCCUUUGCCAUUGAACCUGGAUUGGUUCGUACCCAAAUUGGACGGCAUGCCCCAGCUCAGUGGGCCCUGGAAUUAGAGUAUCUCCUAUUGGGGCCAUUUUUCUUGAGGACGGUGGAUCAAGGAUGCUCAUCGACACUGUUUUGUGCUCUUGCUCCCAUGGAAGUAUUGAAUGGACCUGGUAAUGAUGGCAACAAGGAGACUCCUUUUUAUUAUGCCAAUUGUCAGCCCAAGAAGCCAAAGGCUGUUUGUCUGGACGCGGAAGAGGCUCAACGGCUGCAAGAUCUCUACAAGAAAUGUUGGAAGGACUUUUUGUAG